AUGGCGGGCGGCUCAGUCCAGCGCGCAGCGAGGCAGUCUCGGGGGCGAGGCGGCGGAGGACGCGCCGGCGGCGGAAACAGCGGCAACGCCGACAGUUCUUCGGGGUCUCUGGGCGACCGCGCCGGCUGCACCGAUACUGAGGAGGAGCGAUUUUGGAUAGAGAAGGACACUGAGUUCUUCAGCGCCAUCAACCCGCGCCUUCUGGCUCUCCUUCACCACCACAAACACAGCAGCGAGGCUUUCCUCGACGCGGUCCUGCCCUACCUCCGCGCGAGGAGUGGAGCCGGCGCCGAGGACUGCGCGGCCUCCGCCGCAAGCACGUCUGGCAACGAGGCGAAGGCCCACUCUGUCUCUCUGAAGGUCCCCGUGGGCGAGUUCGUCCUGCAGAGCUGGAGGGGCGCGGACGCCUCCACUCCUGUCCCGUCUCGCGGCGACGGCGCGUGUGCAGAUGCUGCGCGAGGCGGAAACGAAGGUGCUGGACAGAGCGGCGACGCGCGGAGCGACGGUCAUGCGGGGCGACAUCCGCCGUCGUGGCCUUGUCGCCGCAGAUCGACAGGGGAAGGGAAGGCGGACUCCAGCAGCGCCUCGUCCCCCUCGCCCCCCCCUCACUGCGCGUCUGCGGGUGCUGUCGAGAGAAGAAGUCAACAGCUUUCGGAGGACGCUCCGAGCCGCGCGGACUCCGCUGCGCCGUCUUGGGCGAGCACGGGACCGACGACGGCGUCGCAGCCGGUGGGGCCUUCGGAGGGCGAGGAGGCGGCGGCGGGCCGCGCGGCCUCCGCGUCCAGGUUUUUUCGUUCUAGCUGCGCCGUCUCCGGCGCCAGUCCGACCGAUGGCGACUCCCCCGACGAUGAGCAGUCCGCGUCGCGCAGGCGGGCCGCGCCGGAAUCUGCGUCCAGCGCCUGCCGCGAGGGGGAGGAGGCGAUGAGCUCCCCGGCGUCGACAGCCUGUCCCGCGCAGACUCGCGCGGGACUCUGCGCGCGUCCGCCGCGGAAACUCGUCUUGGAGCGCCCGUCGUACUCGGGGGAGACAGGGAAGAUUGUGAGGCACAUGUGGCCGGCGAAUCUGCUGGCUGAGCUGCCGGCGAGCUCGCUGUCUCCGCCUCCGCCGCUGGGCCAGAGGCAGCGGCCGCCCUCACCAUGCCGACAGACAGCGUGCGAGGAUUUGCGAAAAGCCGCCGCACAAGCGGCGCGGCUGCAGCGCCUGCAGGACAGGGCCGCAGAGCGAAGAAGGAGGCAAGAGGCAGAGGCCAGCCGGGUGCACUCGGAGGCACGCAGCGCUGCAGAUGAGACAGACGUGCGCGCCGCCGCCCCGGAUGCGACUUCGCCCCUUUCUGCAGGGGUGCCUGACCAAACUGCGAGGCGGAGAGAGGACGCCGCGGAUGCGACCUCCAGCGGCGGGCGCGCUGCGGAGCGGAGAGGCGACGAGGCGCGAGAGGCGCGUCGGCCUGAGGAGAGUGCAGAGGAGGAGGCAGGCUCUGCGCGAAACGGGAAGGCAGAAGGGAGCGAACAGCUGGAGCGGGACAAGCAUCCAGCGAGCGCAAAAGACGGAGAGGCGCGUGAGAGCUCCUCCCCCGUGAAAAGAGAACGUACAGAUUCCGGGCAAGACGGCGAGAUUAAGGCUCCGGGUUCCGCGGCACCAGAUGCAUCUGCGCCUGCGACAUCGCCGUCAGCCGCGGCACCUGGCGGCGGCCAACUUGUGUCUGCUCCAUAUCUUGAGUCGGGAGCCUGCGACGACGGCUACGAAGGCGUCGCGGAUCCAGAGGACACAGAAGAGACACACGACGCGACAGCCGUCGAACGGGAGCGAGAGGCAGGCGAGGAAUUAAAAAGACGAGGAGAGGGAGGUGGAGACGAGACAUCCGCGACUCUUUCGAAGCCCACUGCGGGAGAUGCAAGAGAUGCGGCACGAGUUGGCGCAGAGACGCGCCACAGCACGGCCGACGGGUGUCAGGCGUCGUCGGUCAAGCGGGAGGCGGACGAGAAGGACGACGCUGCAAAUGCGGCGAGAAGCGCUUCCGCCUCGCCCGCGGGCGGCUACUGCCCAAGUUCGCCGAAUGGGCAGGACUGCGGAGACCGGGCAAGUCCUCGGCGCUCGACGUCCGGUGAGAAGCGUGCGUCGUCCUCGCAGUGGAAGCGCGAAGAGGAGGAGGAGCUCUUUUACCUGCAGAUGAACCGUAGCCGCAGCAUCUUUUCGCUGCUUCCCGGCGCGAACGACCCGUCCCUUCUCAACUCGCUGCACCAUCGGCAGCUCGAGACCCACGUGCGCCACCAGUCGCGAGACCUGGCGAUGUUUUCUCCCUCCAGAGACCGGUCCAGGCACAGAGCGGCGUCAGCGCCUCGCCCUUCGCCUGCGGGUCGCUCGACGGCGCGCCUAGGAAGGCGGGGCUCGUGUGCUGACGAGGGGAACGGCCGAGCGGGUCAGUCGACCCCGGCUUCGCCGUGGUUCUCGUCGUCUGCGCCGUCCAGCCCCCGCAAGCGCGGCUGUGGAGGCGUGCGCGCCCGUGAAAGGGAAAGACCCCGCGACGCGGCGGGGCGCCCGCUGCGGACAAGCAGCCUGCCGGAGACAGACGUGCCGGUGCGGCGCGAGCGGAGUUCCCACGACCGGCACGACCUCCGGCGAGGAAAAGACGGCAGGUUUGCACCUCUCGACGACCGGCGAGGCAGCCGAGAGGCGUCCUCUGCGCAUGGCGGCGGCGCGGGGGUCGCCGCGCGGGACGCGGCCGGCGCUCGGGCGGCGGGUCGCGAAAGGGAGGUCGUUCAGAGGAUGGGCAGCCCCCUGCCGGGCGAGGUGAAGAGGGCCUGCCUGCUGGACGGAGGCGACGACGACCAGGGGGAAGCCGGUGCGGCGGCAGACGGCGACUUCUUUGUCCCCACCGUCAACAAGAAGUGGAAUGGAUCGUCGCGCCUGCCCGCGUUUCCGACCUGCAGGCCUCCGGACGCCUUUGUCCUCAGCAUGCUCAUUCCGCCAAAUGUGCGCCCUUCCGAUUUCCCUGCAGACGCCAAUGCGCACGGGGACGUUUCCGCGUUUCUCGCCGUCGUCAUGGAAGCCGCGACGACGACAGCUGCCGACUGGGGCGUGCACGCCGGCUUUGCGCCGUCCACCGACGCGGGCGCCUUGACAGAAGAGGAGGACCGUGAGGAGGGCGACGGCGGAGUCAAGAUGCGAGACGGGCAGCGAAAAUACGCGGGAGACUCAGACGCGACGCUGCGGUCGGGACCCCAAUCUCGCGUCCGGGGCGCUGGUGUUGCCUCCGCUACAGGAGCCUGUGCGCAGCAGGACGCCGCUGCGGGAGUCGACGCAGAGGACACGACCAGAGUCAAGGAGGAGGGCGAGGCGUCGGGAGGGGCGAGGGGUGCUGGCGGAGGCGAGAGUGAGGCUCGCCCACUCACGGGACAGGAAGAAGCCGACGGCAGCGCAGAGAGACUCGAGGUCGCGGGCGCCGGAGGCGGGAUGAGAACUGUGGGAGGCCACGGCGGCCGCCGACGGCGACGCUCGAGCUCGGCGAGCUCUUGCGGCGGCGAGAGAAAGCGCGGCCGCUCGAGGGAAGAGAGAAGAAAGCGCACUGCGGGCUGCGCACCCCCGGGUUCCCUCCCGCCGCGAAGCAGCAGUGGGCGCUUCGUGCGCCGAGAUAGUCAGGAGGCGGUACAGGACGACACGGCCUCUUCCAGGUCUUCUUCCCCGCUGUCGGCCUCGUCCUCUUGCGCGUCGUCUUCGUCCGCCGCCGGCUGCUCUUCUUCUGCGACGCUCCUCACGUCCCCGCGGAAGCGACCCAGGCGGCGGCUGCCGCUCCCGACGAUUCUCUCGGGGCCUGUCCCGGCGUGGAUUGACUGCCGCGAUGCCCCGCCCGCAGCGUGGCAAGAGCCGCAGCGCCAGGCCGCCGAACAAGCGGCUUUUCUCGCCCUAAACCGUGAACCUUCGACAUCUGGGGGGGGGGAUGUCGGCGGCCUCCUGCGGCGCGGAACGCGCCCGGAGACCCAGCGAACGGGGCCGGCCGCCUGCUGCUGCUCUCCGUAUUCGUCGCCGCUGCCGCCUUCUUCGGCAGCGCCUCUUCCUGCUUGCGCGUCGCCCCCAGUCGGGGUUGGCCUCACGUUCGUCCCCAGUCCUCAGCCGGCGCUCGCUGCUAUGCCGGGCUCCUUCGGCAGCCCUGGGCACGCGCAGCCGCCGUUUCCGCCUCCGGCCUCUUGUCCGCAGUACACGCCGGCCCCGUAUCCACAGCCGAGCUCGUGCUCGCCAGCUCUUCCGUCUGGCGGGCCCUUCAUCCCUGCGCCCAGUCUCCCACCGUUUCCUCCGUGCGCGCCGCCGCCCAUCGGGCACCCUCCGGGGCUUUCCAUGUCCUGCUGCUCUCCUCCGUCGCAGGCCUUCCCGUCCGGCUACCCCCCUGCCGGUCCCUGCGCGUCUCCCGAGCCCUUCUCCUCGCCCGGGCCUUGCCCUGCGGUCGUGCCCUCGCCGUCUUCCGGCGGCGCCUUGGCGGAGGCUCCGUUGCUGCACUGCGUUCGCGCGCCUGCGGUGGACGCCGCGGCGUGCGCGUCGGGUGUGUCCUCCGCGGAAACCAAAAGAAGUUCUUCCUCUCCGCCCGCAGGACGCGCGUCGAGUCCGUCGUCUCUACCGCCCGCUGCGCCGGGCUUCUUCGGGGCGCCCCCGGGCUGCCCGCCCGUGGCUCUUUCAAACAGCUCCGUCGGUGCCUGCCCGAGGCUGCCGUUUCCGUCGUUUCCCGCCUCUGCGCCAGCCCCCCCCGGCUUUCCCGUUCUUCCCUCUUUUCCGCCUUCGCCGUUUGCGACGUAUCCGCCUCUUCUCUCUCCGGGGCCGGGCGCGGGGCCCGGGGACCGCGUCUCCGGAUUCCCUGCUUCUUCGCCGUUCUGUCCGUCGUCGUCUUCGCUCGCCUCUUCGCUCUUCCCCUCUCCCUCGCCGCCGAUCUUCCCUGGGUUGGCAGCGCCGUUCGUACCCGCCACGCGGUGUGCCUCUUUCUUGCCUUUCGGAGGCGGCAUCCAGAAGCCCGAGACACCCUCUGCGCCAGAGUCGUGUCUGCCUGAGCCUCCGCCGGAGGUCCUCGUCCCGCCCUUUUUCGGCGCCUCCUCGUCGCUAAAGCCCUUCCCGCCGGCCUGCUGUCUGUAUCCUGCGGAAAUCGCAGAGAGCUUCCGCUACAGCGAGAAGAAGCAGGCCAUGGUGCCCUCAGGGGUUCGGCUGGAGCUCCUGCGGGCGCAGAUGACCCGCGUCGACAGCCUACACACGUUCUACGCAAACGUGGAUACGGGAAAGCGCUUCUUCGGCGAACGCACUUUCUUCGAAAUUGCAGAAGAGAAUGCCCGGAGGCACGACACGGGCAUGCAGCCGCUCUCCUUCUCCUCCUUUCCUUCGCCCAACACUCCCACGUCGCCGUUCUUCUCACCCCUCGCCCCUCCGCCCGGGCCCUCGCGGGCGCCAUCUCCGUCGCAGGGCGACACGCCGAAGGCUGGAAGGAAGGCGUCGACGGCGAAGGCGGCGCGGCGCGGGAAGGAGAGAGAGGAGCGGAGGAAACGCGCCGUCGAGGAAGAAAGAGGGCGCAGGGAUCUCGAGGAGAAAAUCAAAAUUCACAUGCACUGCCGCCAUCUCCGCAUCUGGACUCCGGGGCCUGCGUGCGCGCACCUUUCUGGCGCGCAUCGAGAUCUCCUCUUGUUUUGCGAAGAAGGCGCGCAGAGUCUUCCUUCUCCUUCCAAGGCGCAUGAAGGCCAGGCCACCAGCGCUGUCGCGCCUCCAGGGUUCGCUGAUGAACCACGUGGACCGGACUCGCUUCCGGCGCCUUCCUCGGCGUCCGUUGGCGCUCGCCCAUCCACGCCUUCUGCAGGCGACGCAAACUGUCCUACAGAGCUCUCCAGCGGAGCGCAGGAGACUGCAGGGAGGACGGACGCGCCAGCAGCAACAGGCGGCGAAGCGAACGUCACGGUGGCGGGGGAUCCUUCUCCCCCCCGCGAGCUAGCGUUCGAGCGGAGCACCGACGAGCCCAAACAGGAGACAGGCGGUCGUGCACGCCCCGCUGCAGUGGCGAGACAGGGCGCCGCCACGGCUGAGAAAGGGACCCCAAACGCGCCAGGAGACGGACAGGAAGCGGCAGUUGCCGCAGACGCUGCAGUGUGCGAAGCACGCGCCGAUGCUACGCCGGCAGGGACCGCCGACGGUGUCGCGCGUAAAGGAGAGACUCCAGAUGAAAUGGCACCGGAAGGGCAACGGGAGGAGACGGGUGACGAGCGGGCAUCGGGCGGCAACGUGGAGUGCCGGAUGGACAACGACGAGAGAGAGGAAAACGAAGGAAGCGACAACCUGGCAGCGCGUGCCAAGGACGCGCUUGGCAUGCCAAACGGCGGCCUCCACGUGAAGCAGAACGCAGGUCCAGAGGCUGCCAUGGAGGACGGGGACCUGCAGGAGGCUGGCGGCCGUCGCAGCCCGCACGCUGCGAAGGAGGAAGGCGCGCAAGACGCCGGGAGUCUCUCCUCUUCCUCACAAGCAGGCGAGACCGCAGAUGGCUCAACGAUUGACCGCAAGGAGCUGGCGCGGCAGACAGCCCUCUCUGGCUCCCCUGCUGCUGCAGCUGAAACGACGGCAGUUGUGCCGAGGGCAAACGCCGUCGGCGCCGAGGUGGAGAACCUCCUCUGGCGCUUCGCGGCCCUCAUGGAUGAAAAACGAGCCAUGUGCUCGCGCCUACUCACUUCAAUCCAACGCGAAAAAAGGCCGGACUGGCGAGCUUGGGCCGAAGUCGAGGACCGGAUGCUUCGACUGUAUAUUGAGCAGAGCGCCAGGUCGAGCCUCGACACGCGCCACACCUACACGCUCACGCAGCAGUCGCGCGACAUCCUCCGCCUGCGCAUCAGCUGCACGUCCAGCGGCCGCCUGCCUCCGGAGUGGGCUGAGCGGGCGCUGUGCACAGUGUGCGGCAGCGGCGAGGACUGGGACGAGGACCCGAUCAUGUUCUGCGACGGCUGCUACCAGCCGGUUCACUUCCUCUGCCUGGGGCACCGCGCCGUGAGCAGCUACGAGGACUUUGUCAAGGCCUCGACGAGCCGCCGGCAGCGCCGCGUGGCCCAGGCCGGCGGCGACAACGGCCUCGCGCCCGCCACCGCUCGCGAGCGCGGCGGCGGCGCCAAACGCGACAAGAAGAAGGCCGGCGCGAACGAGAAAAAGGAGAGGAACAACUCGAGGGCGAGCCAACCGACCCCCGCACACCGCGACCUCAGCGGGGGGGGCGGAGGGGACGCCUUCGGGGCGCCUACGGGCGCUCUCGGCGGCGCGGGCGCCGGCUGCGCCAACGGGGGGGGGCCGCGGGGGGACGCGUCGGGCGAGGGGACGAGCCUCGACGACGGCAGGGCGUCUGCGAGUGCGCAGUCGCACGCGGAGGGAGGCGCAGGCGGCGCGAAGGCGGGCGACGCCGCGGCGCACACGCGACGGCCGCUGUGCGGCGCGGGCGGGUUCGCCUUUCGAGAGGACGAAGAGGAGUGGCUUUGCCCCGUUUGCGAGUGGCUGCGGAAGCAGCUGCCGCAGCUGGACGACGAGCUCGCACUCGCGGCGAUUCGCCUCGCGGCAGGCCCGCGGUCGCAGGACGAGGCCGCGGAGUGCCGCGCCAGCUACGUGGGCUGGCACUUUGAGCGUCUCGAGCGCUUCGACUCCUGGGUCAGGCCGCAGCUGCUGGCGCUGCAGUACGGCGACGGCCGUCGCAGGAGAGCUGGGAAAGGCCGGGCUCACGCCGACGCGGGCGGCGCGUCAGGCCACGGCCGAAAGGACCAUCGCCCUCACCACCGCCGAAACGACCGCGGCGGCGGGGGUGCGCACUGUGGGGACAGAGCCGGCGCGAACGGCAGCGCGGGCGACCAGGACGGCCUGACGACUUUGAGUCCAGACGCCGCGUACUCGGUUCAGGAACUCCUGGCGUGGCCUGCCGUGCGAGUCGUCGCCGACGGCGGCGCAGGCGCCUACCACGCCGCCCACAGCAGUCGCAGCAGCACGAGCCGCGGCAGCGCCUCGUGCUGCCGCGGGCCUCUCGCGCCCGGGGGAGACGCCGCCCUGUCCCCGUUCCCGGGGACCGCCGUGCCGUCCGUCGCGGCGGUCGGGUCUGCUUCGGCGUCCGGGGCGCGACCCGACAGCAGAGACGAAGAUGGGAAGACGGUGAGGAAGGCGGACGGCGGGCUGGGCGCUCCCUACUCGGCACCCGUGCGCGCCAACGGGCCGAAGGGCUGCAUAUCUUCUCUCGCGCAGACUACUCUCGGCGCCCGUGUGCUGCCCUUCUGGACUGCCGAUGAAAACGGCUCAAAACACGCGAAUCGAGCCCUGGGCGACCGCAGUCCGCCGCUGUCGCUCGCCUCAGCAGGCAUCGGCGGGAACGGAAUGCAGUCUGCGGGCGGGGCGACACCCGAAUUCGGCGACGAAGAUCUCCGAGGAGGAAAGGGGUUUCAGUUCGUCGAGCAGGAGGGCUUGCCGCGCGCGGCGCCGCGCCUCGGGGAGUGUGGGCGGCAAGCAGAGGCUGACGAGCCCGCCGCGGUCGCGCGGGGAGCGACAGGCGCGCCCGGGCGCGAGAGACAGGCCGCCGCCGCAGGCCCCCUGUCCGGCCUGUCGUCUCUCGAGGACGAGACGACGCUGCCGUCGCACUACAUCCGGCGCGUGGCGUAUGCCUUCUCAGAUUCUUCCGGCGACGAAGGGCCUUCGGGAAAGGACGCUGAGACGCCGAUUCUCUUCUGCCACUACACCUCCGGGGCGCCGACGGCGUCGAGCCCGUCGUCGGCUGGCGGCUACCGGUCGCUGAGCCAAGACGAAGAGGGCCUGGGGGGCCUUUUCCCCACAGCGGCAGGUCCUCGUACGCGUUUUCGGCCUUCUCACCCUCGUUCUCCAGCGUGCGCCACCACGGCGGAUUCUCUCCCAGCGGCGGAGAGCCCGGCGCGAGCCGUCGUCCUCCGCAUUCCCGUCUGCGCACUCUGCGGAUACGAUGCCUUCUGCCGCGGAGGCGGCCCAGCACGCAAAACCGAUAAGAGAGGUGUGUGGACGCACCUGCGCUGCGCGCUGAGUCUGAACGCGACGGUGACUGACCGCGUGAGCUACGAGGCGGACGAGUCCCGAAGUCGCCUCAGGUGUCUCUUCUGCCACCACCAGGGCCCCGCGCCGGGGCAGUGCGGCCACGCCGGCUGCCAGCGCACGUACCACGUGAGCUGCGCCACGGCGACGCCCGGCUGCAUGGUCGACUGGGACAUGGGGCGCCCUGUCAUCUUCUGCAGCCAACACGCAAAGAACAAAGCGCCGACCCUGAUUCUGCGGAAGUUCCAAGCGAACCGCGAGCGGGAAGCGGUGAAGCGCCGCGAAGAAGACCUGCCGGGCGAGUGGCGAUUCGGACCGGGCAAAGGGCACUUGGGCGUGGCGCUGCAGUCGCUGCUGUUCCCGAACUACGACGGCGUGUGCGGCAUGUUUUCGGAUCUCCUCGGCGUCUCCUCGCUGCAACUCCCUGGCGCCCCUUCCGCGACGACGACGACGACGGACACGCGUACUCCGCAUGCACUCGAGGGGGCCCUGGCACGCCCCUGUCCGCACACUGCGUCCGCCCAGCGCCGAGAGGACAGCGCGAUACGCGACGCGCGGCUGCAGCAGCCGCGGCAGAGCGAGGCGGCGCCGCGGAAUUCGAAGACGAGAGAGGCUGAGGCGAGCAGGGGUAAGGUCGAUCGUGCAGAGGGCGGAGGAGAGGCGCCGCAGUCGCGGAACUUCCAAGCGCACAGCGGAGAGGACGUCGCCACGAUGGGUGACGGAGAAGGCGUAACGCCGCCCGCAGUCGCGCCGCCGGCCGGGCUCGAAAAAGACGCGGACGAUGAAGACGAAGUGGCGUUUUCCAGGGUUUCUUCUGUUCGACGGCGGCGACGCGUAGACGACAGCGAGGUAGAUGAAGUUAUGGAGGCGCCUGUGGAGAAGACGCAAGACGACAAGGCGCGAGGGAAAACCCAAGCCUGCGCCCAAGCCACUGGCGCCCUCGCAAGUGCGACGGCGGUCGCGCCCUCUGCCUCGCGAGCGAGCGAGGACGAAUCGGCGGAAGAAGAAGAGGGGACGGGAAAGAGUGCCGCCGGUUCAGGGGGCGAGACAUCGACGAAUGAGGUCUGCAUGCAGGACAGUCGAUCUGGAGGCAGGCGAGAGGACGAGAACGAGGCAGAGGAGCUUCAACACGCAGGCGACCUGCGACCUUCCGGCGCUCCACACUACGGCGUGGCUGCCUCGAGCGCGGCCGAAGAGAAAAACGGCUGCGUGUCUCCUCGUGGUGAAGCACCGGCCUCUUGCGCCGUGGAAGCGAACCAGAGUGGCGGAGAGGGACAAGUCCGGGAAGGAGACAAAGCAGCAAGAAGCGGCUGUAGGAGCGACACUGACUCGCAAAACGCCCGAGACGCUCCGGCGGCAGUCCCAGGUGCUCCUAGCGGCGAGCAUCAGCGAGACAGUGAGGCGCGCGAAGGCUUGGAGGAGAGAGAAAAGAGGGCGGCAGACGAGUCGAAUCGUCCUCGCGUUCCGGCGGGAGUCAACGAGGAAAGGAGCACCACAGGUCCCAGAGAGAUGCCUCCUCAGCGUCCGGAGAUGGAGGCCUCUCUGCCUGCGUCUCUGAAGCGUGGUGACGCGCCAGACGGGCGGCGAGAGCGAAGCGACCGUGCAAACGCCGUCGGCUCGCUCUCUGUAGAGCGCGAAGCGGAGACGGGCAGCGUCGCGCCUUCGGGGCGCUCGGUCUCAGAGGCCUGCGAAGAGCGAAAUGCGCCGCGGCUGGAAAUCGAGGAGAGUUCUCAGCAUAAUUGUUUUUCUGAGAGGAGCCGCGACUGGGAGCGCGACCGCGACGGAGCGGAGAGCGAGAGGAAGGCGCGGAAAGACGACGGUGGGGCGGAGGAAGACGACGCACGGAAACGAGCUAGUCGACCGCGCGUCUCGGCUUCAGUGGAAGCGAGGCGAAGCGACGACGACGCAUGCAAAGCGGAAGAAGACGUCGUUGUGCAGCUGGAACGGGACGAAGAUGAAGAGCGCGCGACGGCCCUCCUGUGGCGGUUGCGGGCGAAGGGCGGCAGCAGCGGCACUCUGAAGGGCGCGUCCCUCAGUCAUCUCGCGAGAGACUCCAGGGCAGCUGACCUAAUGAGGACGCCGGCAUCUCGCAGCGACCUCAAGAAGCAUUCCGAAAGCCGGGCAUUGUCUUCCGCCGCCGGCACAGAGACACCGGAGACACAGCAGAGCGAUGCGCGGCUGCGUGGGCAAGAACGAAGUUCGUCGCAGGCAGACGAGACGCAGCGGAGCCACCAAAAGGUGAAGAGCGACGCCGACACGCCGAGCGACGCGCGGCCUCCGGUUCAGUCCAAACCCGCUGCUUCCUCGUCUCAGUCCUGCCUGGACUCGGAGGUGCCUGCCUCCUCCUACUUGCGCCCGCCCGCGGGUGUCUACAGGCAAGCAGUGUGCUUCCCGUCCUCCUUCGCGGCGUCCUUUUCGCCGCCGCCCUCGCCGUACUACGAGGCGGGCGUCUGGGAUCGCCAGCAAGAAAAACGCGCGCACCCGCCUCCGCCUCUGCGUUCUUCGCCGGCGUCGCGCGAGGAGACCGCGCAGAGUGCGUCGCAGGCUUCGGCGGCCUCGCGCGCCCCGGAGACGGCGGCCUCAGGCUCCAUUUCAGGCGCCACAGGCGCCACAGGCGUGAGCGGCGCCACGGGCGCCGACGCAUCGGGCGCGCCUCCGCCGCAUCGUAAGCGCCGCGGCCGCCCGCCCCUGGCGCGGCGCUCCCAAGGCGUGACUCACCAGGAUCUUUCCUCGAAUCGCGCGAGCGACAAAGAGCGGCCUUCGUCCUCGUGUGUGUCGUAUUCCCGGGCAGCGCCAGGAGGCGCCGCCCCGUCUUCAGCCGCGCAGGACGUCGGAGGCGGCGGUCGCGGAGGCGCGCCUGAACUCGUCUCGACCCUUUCCGAAGAGUUUGUCUCCUCGCCCUUCUCGCCCCGGGGCCUGCAUGGCUCGCUGUGUUCCGUCGGGAGCCCGUCGUCGGAGAAGAGGCGCCUCGGGAGGCACUUCGGGCCUGGGCGCCCCACGCCUCUGCACCUUCCAGACCGCGGCCCUGGCGGACGAUUUCUUCCGCGAGCUCAGCGAGAGAAGUUGGCGGCGCUCUACAGCGCGGGCGCGGCGGGCGUGCCGCUCGCGGAGGGCGAGCGGCCAGCCGCCCCGUCGCCAUCAGACGCCGCGCAAAACGCGAAAGCAAGCGAAAGCCUCGCUGCAGACCGGAGACCGGCUGCCGUUGAGCCCACCGCGCAGCGGGGCGGCGACGAGCCCGACGAGGAGACUCGGGAGCUGCAGGCGCGCGACGAGGCGAUGCAUCAGCAGCGGCUGCGGCAGGUGCAUACGCUCUGCCAUCUGCAGUCGCUCGCCAAGGAGCGCCAUCGCCAGCUUUUCGGCAACGACUUCGCGCUCACAGGGCUCCUGCUCGGCGCGCCUGAAGCGGCGACGCUCCAGGGCGCCUUCCUCCCGCCAAGUCCUGCUCACGGGGCGGGUUCGCCGGCGAACUGUUUCGCGGUCAAGAAGGUCUCUGGAGUGAUCGCGGAGCGUGGCGCCCAGCUGCUCGCUUCGCCGCGGCAGACCGUGGAGCCUGUCGGGGCUCCUGGCGCGGAGAGCGCGCGAAGCGGUGCGAGGGGAGACGGUGGUGGGGCGAAGGAGACGGCGGCCUCUGGGCUCGGGGGCCUCGCGGCGAGCGAGAGUCCGAGCGCGAAGGAAGGGGAUCAAGCGAACAAAGAACGGGGGACUGCAGAGAGCUCUGUUGGGCAGGAAGGCGAGGACGCAGAAGGGAAGGAAGCGUUCGGCGCAGCGGGCUCUGCUGAAGCCGGGAACGCGCGCGCCGGUGCAUCGCCUUCGGCGACGAGCGAGUCGCCGCAGGAGGUUGGUUGUCGGGUGGCGAGCACAGAGUGCGCGUCGGGGUCGUUGCUGGCUGAGGAGGCGCUUGCGAUUUCGUCUGUUGCUUCCUUCUCAUCUCCGGUGGACUACCUCCGUUUGACAACGAUCAAAGACUGGGGCUUGCCGCAGUUCACCGGCGAUGAAAAGCUGUUUAAAUGCGCGUUCGAAGACUCGAAGGCGGCGGAAGUCGUCGGCGCGGAGACCUACGACCUCUUUCUCGCGCGCCAAGGCGUGCAAAAAGAAGCACGGCUGCUUGACGCAGUGGUAGACUUGCUUCUCUUCUUCUCGCUGCGCGGCGCCUGCUGCGCAGGUCCGUCGCCAGCUCUCCUCGCGUUCCUCGCGGAGGGCGACCACGGCGCGUCUUCGCUGCGCGGACUCGCUGGCCUGUCGCUGGCGCUUGGCAGCGGCGGUGGAGUGAGCGUCGCGGCGCCGUUCGGCGAUCGGGAGAAGCGGAAGCGAGACGAGGCCGACAGACGGCGUGUCUGGGAGCUCGCCGCGGACGACCCCGAGGACGGAGACAAGGCCGAAGCGGCGACUCGGGGGGCGGAGGAGGACGAGCCCCCCAGGGGCUCCAACAGCUUCUUCACGAAAUUUUGUGACUGGCAAGAGCCGAUGCGUGCGCUGGUCGAUGCAGUCAGGCAGCUCGGCAGAGACGCCGAGAUCGACUGCCGCGCAAGCGUGGAAGACGAGGCCGCGAAGGAGGACGAGGAGGCGCAGGGCGGCGAGGCCGCGCGGAGGCCGCUCUCUAAGGCUGAGCCGCUCAAGCCGCAGUGCCGCCGCGGGUCGCAGGAGGAGGACGGCAAGUGGCGCACCACCUCGCCCACCUGCACCUUCCUGGAGCGCGUGCGACACUUCAACAAGCAGCAGGAAGACUACAUCAUGGUGUGCUCCCUCUGUGGGUCGCUAGGGAGACACAGCCGCGCGGCGAAGUCUGGGGCGUUCGCGAAUGCGGUGCCCGACUCGCCGUCGGGCUCGGGAGAAACACCGAGCGCGCCGGCCUUCGCCUCGUCGUCGCGGAACUCUGCGGUGGCAGUCGUCGAUCUUCUCACUUGCCGCUGUUGCAACGUGCGCGUCUGCCGGUCGUGCUGGAACCUCACAGGCCGCGACGCGCCUCCGUCCUUCGCGGUGUCGUCCUAUCUCUCCUCGCCCAAGGCCGGCGCCCACGCGGCGGGGCUCGGCACCCCGAACUUCCCCCACGGCUCGCGGGCUGCGCCCACCAGCCUUAACAGCGAAGCCGCGGCGCGCGCCGGGCGUCUGCAGCGACGCCGCGCGUGGAAGGCGACGGAGAAGGACGAAGCAGACGAGAAAGCUGACGGCGAGGGCGGGGUGCUGUCGCUCCUGGGGGGCAAACGCGAGCGCGGCGAGAAGGCCGAAGACUGCGGCUCCGGGCGCGACGACAGAGAGGAUGAAGAUGAAGACGAGGAGCGAGAAGACCGAGAGCGACACAGCCGAGCAGAGCGAAGGAGAGACGCACACGCAGAAGACGCGGAGGCGCCGAGCGUGCAGGAAGCGAAAGACGACGAAGACGAGGGCGAAGAGGACGACGGGACUGAAGACCAAAAACGCACGCGGGCGUGGAGAAGCGAGGAGAGGGGCGCGAGUAUGGCGACUCGGCGGCGCCAGCUGGCGUCAGUCGACAGGGAGCAACCGAAGAAAGAAGAGAGAAGCCAAAUCGAUGAAGAUGCAGAGUGGACGUGUCUAAGAUGCGAAGCCGUACUCAAUGCCCGCGUGCCGUUCAGAGAGACGCGAUGCAUCCUCUGCUCCCGUAUCGACGGCCUCCUCGUGCGACGCAUUCCCGAGGAUACCCCUGUCGUCACGGGCAGCAGAAAGGCCGGAGGAGGGGCGACGGGCGGGGCGAGCUACGGCGGCCCCUCGUCCGGCCGCCAGAGUUCGCAGAACACAGCGCACGCCCAUCCCGCAGAUCCGCCGCCGGAGAGGAAGGAAGAGCAGUGGGUUCACUGGCUCUGCGCCGAGUGGCUGGUUCCCAGUCGGCUCGCCUCGACGGCGUCCGAGAAUAUCCGCAGCAUCCCGAAGCUCGCCUUCGAGAAGACCUGCCUCUACUGCGGCAUCCAGCAAGGCGCGACGCUUGCCUGCUGCUCAAACGGGUUCAGAUGCUCCGCGAGCUUCCAUGUGUCAUGCGCGCGACAGCUGGGAUGCCGCAUGGAGACGCAGCGCCGGUCCCUGGACCAGCAGAUUCACCGCGCCUACUGUCUGGAGCACACAACGCAAAUCAACCGGAAGCUGAUGCAGCAGCGCCUCGCCUCGCUCAAACCGCUCAGCCUCCAACAACGCAAAGACACGUGGGACUUGAACCGCUUCUUUGACCCCCUGCAGCUCCUCAUCGCAGACCCGGUUCGGGCCGUCACGUCGCUUUUCGUGGUUGGGAUUCAGUUGGAUCGCGCGCCGCCGCCGUCGCUUUCCUCCUUCUCUGCGUUCGUCUCCACGGCGUCGCUGAAGCUUGCGGGCGACCGGCGUCGCGGCUGGCCUUCGCUGUCUCGCGUGGACGGCGUCGCGAAGGCAGAUAGAGAACGCGCGCCUGGAAAGGAAGACGUCGACGUCUUGCGCGGCGGCGCGAAGAAGGCUGGGCGCUGCGUCGGCGACGAAUCCAGGCUGAAGCGAGAUUCGUGUGAAGCGGCAUUGGGCCGCCGAGAGGAGAGAGAAGGCUUCGCGGCGCGGCGGGACUCGGAAGACGAUGAAGACGCAGCAGCACUCCAUGGCGUGCGCGAGAGGAAGAAGAAGCGGCGCCACGAGACUGGCGAAGGCAGAAGAGCGAGGGAGGGCGGCGACCUCGAGAGGCCAGCCGCCGACGGCGAAGGGACGAACUCGCCCACGACAGCUUCCGUCUUGACUCCCGGACCGCCGAGUCCGAUGCACCUCGAAGAGCAGCGGGAGCUGUACUGCGCGGGCGUCGCCAUCUGCGACGCGUUGUACGAGCAGGGACGCGCAUUCGAGGAUGAAGCUCUCCAUCUGCCGCCGGUCUCUGCAGCGGAGGCUGAAGCAGCGAGGGAGGCCUACCGCGUCUCCGAUUUGCCGUCGCCCGAGACUCUCGAGCGCCGCCGCCUUCUCCAGGCUUCUGCACUCUCCGGCGCCUUCGCGCUCACCGACGCCUUGUUGGCGGACGACGAUGAGAACGAGACGACGACGGCAGGCCGCACGAGCCGCGGCAACACUGUCCCCACGAUGAGCUUGGAGUCGGGGGCGAAGCGGCUGCGCCUCUCGAUGUCCGCGUCCGCAUCUUCCUUCGCUGGCGACAGCGUGUCUGCCUCGGCGAAAGAGCGAGGAGGCGCGGGCGCCGGGCUGUCGGGGUCGCUCCCGACGCGGAGCGGCCUCCGAUCUUCGCUCGCGGCGGCGUCUCUCGCGCACGCGGCGCUGCUGGGCGAAGCGCCGGCGGGAGGCCCUGGGCGCGCCCACGCGGCCAACGGCGACCCGCUCACGCCGCUGGGCGACUGCCAGAAGCGGAUGAUCGACCCUGCACACCUCACGUGGUCCCCGCAGGAGUCGUUCAGGAACCCGGUGGUCAGUCUCGCGCGCCUGGGCCCAGACAGCGGAGCGGCGCUUUCACCGGAAGAAGCGGGAGGCGAGCCGCUGCCCGAGCCGGCGCUCACGCUUUCGACGGACUCCGAGGCGGAGCCGCCGACGAGCGAGGGAAGAGGGGGCGCCCGCAGCGACUCGCCAGAGGGUGCAGGGGCCCCGGCCGGGGCCCCUGCACCCUCUGGCGAGUCUCUCGUGGAGCUCUGCGCCCGGCAGUCGCUCCCCACGCUUCCGCCGUUUCUGCUGCGCGGACGUUCGACGGCGGCGCGCCCGCUGGUGGGCGGCGCCACGGCUGCUGCCUCGGCGAGCGCGAUGCUCGCAAGCCAGAGCUGGUACGGCGGAAUCAGCGCGGCGGCGUCGAUGGCCGUCGCGCAGGCCGUCCAGGCGGUGUCGGGCGAGGGCGCGGGUGCGCAGGGCGGCGAAGCGAACGGCGAGGCGGAGGAGGCCGGAAAAGGCGAAGAGGCGCUGCUCGACGCGCUCACGACCAGGCUGCAGAUCGGGCAGCCGGGGCAAGCUCAAGGAGAAAAACAGCCGAUUUUCUGUCCCAUCUGCAAAGGCAUGUACAACGAACUGCCCGACGGCGGCCCCCGCGACGGGUUCGCCUGGGUCGGAUGCGACUGCUGUGAACGCUGGUAUCACUGGACAUGCUCGGGCUUCAACGAAGAAAAUCCGCCCCCCGAUGACUGCGACUGGAUUUGCUGGUUUUGCACGAUUAAGAUUCGCAAGAAGGAGGAACGGGAGCGCGAGCGACAGACGCAGCGGCUGCAGGCUAAGGAAAAGAAUCGCUCCGGGGUUAACACGUCGCGCUCCCGCCAGCUGCCCAGAAAGAGAGAUCGAUCGUGA